GCUCUAUGACUUUAUCUGUCUCCGCCAUAUGGUUUUGUUUAGGUUUUUUUCAUAAUAAUAACUUCACGUCAAUGUUGUGGUUAUGUUCCUGUAUUUAAUACUUAUAAUUUCCCCUGUACAUUUUUUUAUUUAGAAUGACAGUGUUGUAUUACCUAAUGGAUACGUAACUAUCUAAUUGAUUUAUAGUUUAGUAAAAAGUCAGAAUUCGCGGAAGGUGAAAUUGCAGUGAUAUGGAGGAAGUUACGUCAGAUAUUGAAGGCAGCAACCAACCCAAAGAAUUUCCCAAUACGCUGUCUGAUACUGCUGUGGUCCAAGGUGUAGCCCAUAAUGCAGAAUCCUCUACCGAGUAUUGUAAUGAAAUCAUUCUUGGAGGUAGCACUUCGCCUGAAGGUGUAAAGGAGGCCAUGGAGAAUUUGGGCUUCAGUGUGCAUUCAGAUGAUGACCUGGAAGUGCCCACCUUUGUUCUUCUCGGUGUGGAGGGCAUGACCUGCCAGUCUUGCGUGCGGUCUAUCGAAGAAACACUGUCAAACAAGCCCGGCAUACUUGCCAUCAAGGUGGACUUGAACAAUAAAUGCGCUUCAGUUACCUAUAACAGUAAAGUGACGAACCCAGAAAGGAUUCGGGAUGACAUCAGUGAUAUGGGCUUCUGUGCUACCCUGCCAGGAUCGUCUUCUGAAUUACCUGAAACAAGUAUCAGCAUAGUCGUUAGAGGCAUGACUUGCAAGUCUUGUGUGCAAAACAUUGAAAGAAUGAUUGGCUCUAAACCUGGUGUUAUUAAUAUCAAGGUGUCAUUGGAAGAGAGUCUAGCACAAAUUGUAUACAACACAUCACUUGUAACUCCAGAGGAAUUAUGCUCAGCCAUUGAUGACAUGGGAUUUGAGGCAUCCUUGAAGUCUGGAUCCAGUGUGCUGUUUCAUGUGGAGGGAAUGACUGGAAGCUCGUGUGUUCAGAACAUCGAGAAGGCUGUUUCACAGAAACCUGGAGUACUGUCUGUGAAAGUAGAAAUUCCACAGAAAGAAGUUCAAGUCGAUUUCAAUUCAGAGGAUAUCACUGCUGAAAAAAUUGCUAAGCACAUAAAUGAUUUAGGUUUUAAGGCUCGUGUUAAGGAACUAACUGGAUAUAUGGUUAAUAAAGAGAACACGUCUAACUCGGUUAAAGUUCAGGCUUCAUCACUCGAAGAUCCAGUGAAAAGCAGUUUUGAUAAUGAUGGAUUCUCAAAAUGUUAUCUGCAUAUAAAUGGCAUGACGUGUGCAUCAUGUGUGGCGGCGAUAGAAAAGCAUUGUAAAAAGUUAUAUGGUGUUCACAGCAUUCUUGUUGCUCUGCUGGCUGCCAAAGCUGAAGUGAAGUAUGAUGCUUCCUUGAUCCAACCUUGGGACAUAGCGGUUUCCAUAACAGAUCUUGGCUUCCCAACGUCACUUAUUCAAGAACCUGAGUCGGGGGAGGGAGAAGUAGAGCUGAAAAUAGAAGGCAUGACUUGUUCAUCGUGUGUGAACAAGAUUGAAACAAAUGUUAAGAAACUGAAAGGAGUUUCCAGUGCAUCUGUAGCCCUGACAACUCAGCGGGGAAAGUUUCAGUUCGACAUAGAACUCACCGGACCAAGAGAUAUAAUGGAAGCGAUUGAGAAGAUGGGCUUCACCACGUCUCUUUUAACAGGCAAAGAUAAAGAUUCGCGUAGCUAUCUCGAUCACAGGGAAGACAUUCGUAAAUGGCGCAAUGCAUUCAUGGUGUCGCUGAUAUUUGGAGUACCAUGUAUGGUCUUAAUGGCAUAUUUUAUGACUGCCAUGUCAUUGGGAGCCAUGUCUCAUGAAGAAAUGUGCUGCAUAAUUCCAGGAUUGUCUUUAGAAAACCUGCUGCUUUUUUUAUUUGCUACACCAGUACAAUUUUUUGGAGGCUGGCACUUUUAUGUGCAAGCGUGGCGAGCUGUUCGACACCACACAACGAAUAUGGACGUUCUGAUUACUAUGGCGACUAUGAUUUCAUACUUUUACUCUGUGGCUGUGCUCAUAGCAGCUAUGAUUUUGCAGCAAAAAGAAAGUCCACAAACAUUUUUCGACACACCACCAAUGUUACUUGUGUUCAUUUCUAUGGGACGGUGGUUGGAACAUGUUGCCAAGGGUAAAACUUCAGAAGCAUUGUCCAAACUUCUGUCUUUAAAAGCAACUGAGGCAGUGUUGAUUACUGUUGGACCACAAUUUGAAAUUUUAACGGAAAAAAUCAUUGGUGUUGAUUUGGUGCAACGAGGAGACUUGUUGAAGGUUGUUCCAGGGGCAAAGAUUCCAGUUGAUGGCAAAGUGGUCUACGGCCAUUCCACUUGUGAUGAGUCGCUAAUUACAGGCGAGUCGAUGCCUGUUCCCAAAAAAAUAGGUUCCGUAGUGAUUGGAGGAUCAAUCAAUCAGAAUGGCCUGCUGCUUAUGAAUGCGACUCUAACAGGAGAAGCAACCACACUGGCACAAAUAGUCAGACUAGUGGAGGAAGCCCAGACAUCGAAAGCACCUAUCCAGCAACUGGCUGAUCGCAUAGCUGGCUACUUUGUUCCUUUUGUGAUUCUUGUGUCAACAGUUACAUUAUUGGGAUGGGUCAUCAGUGGAUAUGUCAACAUCAAACAUAUACCAAUAAAGGAAGAAGACAAAGUUGGUUUGAACCGUGAAGAGAUCAUAUUCCAGUAUGCAUUCCGCUGUGCCCUGAGUGUACUGGCUAUAGCCUGCCCGUGUGCAUUGGGCCUGGCCACACCUACGGCUGUGAUGGUGGGCACUGGUGUCGGUGCACUCAAUGGCAUCCUCAUCAAAGGGGCAGAGCCCCUGGAGAACGCACAUAAGGCUAAAGUUAUAGUAUUUGACAAAACUGGCACCAUCACACAUGGUGUUCCCACAGUGUCACAGAUUUGUAUGUUUAUUGAUGGUCAUGUUUGUUCGCUGACCAAAUUCCUUGCUAUUGUUGCUACUGCUGAAGUGAACAGUGAACAUCCAAUAGCCUCAGCGAUCGUGAGGUUUGUACGUGACACUUUGGGAGUGGAAAUGGUGGGGAAAUGCAGCAACUUCCAAGCAAUUCCUGGUUGUGGUCUGAAAUGUACCGUUUCUAACUUGGAUCCAAUGUUGGCAGCAGCUGCUAACUCUGCCAAACUGCUUGACUACAAUAAUAAAAUUAGAAAUAGCGUAUCGUCACACCAACUGAACACAGUCCCAGUAGAGAUGAUGAUUCUUCCUACCAUAAGUCAGAGUAAGGAGUAUCUGAAGCUUGAAAAACUGCUUGAUUUGCAGCAGAAUGAGGCGGAAAACGAGACAAAGUUGUUUGAGGUUUUGAUUGGGAAUCGUGAAUGGAUGACUAGAAAUGGCAUUAUUGUUCCUGAUGAGGUGCACUGUCAUAUGGAAGCCGAGGAAGAAAUGGGACGUACUGCAGUUUUGUGUGCUUUAAAUGGUUCUUUGGCUGCCAUGCUAAGUGUAGCUGAUAUGGUGAAACCUGAAGCACACCUAGCUAUGUACACAUUGAAAAGGAUGGGUCUGGAAGUGAUUCUACUUACGGGAGAUAACAAAAGGACUGCUGCUGCUAUUGCAAGAGAGGUGGGUAUUGGUCGUGUGUUUGCGGAAGUACUUCCUUCUCACAAAGUGGCUAAAAUCCAGCGCCUUCAAGCACAGGGACGUGUGAUAAUGGUUGGUGAUGGUGUCAAUGACUCUCCAGCGUUAGCGCAAGCAGAUGUCGGGAUUGCUAUUGCUUCCGGCACAGAUGUAGCAGCAGAAGCGGCAGAUGUGGUACUUAUGAGGGACAAUUUACUAGAUGUCAUUGGUUGCCUCGACCUUUCCCGCAUGACAGUCAGGAGAAUCAGACUGAACUUCUUAUUUGCAAGCAUGUAUAACCUGGUGGGCAUCCCAAUCGCUGCUGGCAUUUUCAGUCCGUUGGGAUUCACUCUGCAGCCGUGGAUGGCUUCUGCAGCUAUGGCAAUGAGUUCAGUUUCUGUUGUUGCAUCAUCACUUCUUCUCAAACUAUACAAAAAACCAACAGUAGAACGUUUGGAGACUGCAGAGUAUAAGGCUGCUGUUUGCGCCAGGAACAAGGCACUGCAAGAUCUCGACUCUAUUUCUAUACACAGAGGCAUAGAUGACAUUGAACGUCCAAACUUCUCUCGUUCAACUAGCAGUACCCUCAGCAGAUUAUUUGCUAGAAGCAAGCAGGAGAACGAAGAAUUUCUCCUAGGCACAUCCGAAGAUCCUGAAGAGUUGGAUGUUUCCUAUAGUUUUUCAGGCCUGACAAACAAUCGGAAAGAACACAAUAAAAUGUUUCCACUUUGAUAAAUUUACAAUAUGUACUCUGGUUGUUUACUUAAAGUUAUUAAUAUAAUUUGGUACAAGCACAACUUUGUAAAAAAAAAUCAUGUAAAGGAAAUUAUAUAAGCCAUGGUACAAAUAUAAAACUAUUUAUUUUUUAA